AUGCAGCAGGAGCUAGUCUAUGCAGCAUCGGAAAUCCAUAACGCAAGCUUCCAUGACGUGGACCAGAAUUUCUUGCGAAGACUUGAACGUUCUAUUCAACACAAUGGCGUGUCUGCGUUCUUCGCGAUUGACAGAAAUGGCACGAAGACGCCUGGUAGGUUUGGUCUGAUCGACGUGGACUUGGCUGCUGUUCUGCCACCUGCAUUGAGAGAUCUCAGAAAUCCACGUACAAUUGUGCUGGAGAGUCCCUCAUGCUUCGACAUCACGCACCUAGCCGGCAUGAAUGUGUUGGACGUCUUGAGUCACGUACAUCUUCACCCCCGAGAUUGCAGUCUCCAGUUUGAAGAACUGGAACAUAUUUACACUUGGGAAGGGCGCAGAGUCAGCGUGUCGGUUACCAGCUUGAUUCAUGGUCUCACGCAUCAAUUCAAUUCUGCUGACGCACUCCGUGCGAUGCGCAAUGGCAGAAACUGGCCACGAGAGGAGUACACAGUUGCCAAUGUCGUGGAGGUCUUAAACCAACAUCUACCGAAUAGCCCUUUGACGCUGAUACUGCGACAUUUGGUAGAUGCAGAGGUGACAGAUAUUGCAGCCAUCUGUCAGGCUAUCCGUGAUCUUGUCUGGACUCAUCCAGGCUGUUCUCAUCUAGCUUCUGUUGUCAGCAUGACGGAUGAUGAGAUCCUGGACAGAUGGGAGAGGAACCGACGCACGGCUGCUGCUCAGGGUACAUGGAUGCAUGCGUGCUGCGAGUGCUUGUUGAACGGUGGGAUGGUGUGCCUUGCCUCGGAGGAGAUGUGCAUGUUCACCAAGGUCAUACGAGGAUUACAAGCAGAAGGAUGGAUGAUAUUCAGAACAGAGUGGUGUGUUUACUGUGAAGCAGAGGAUGUUGCGGGCUCCAUUGAUGCAGUGGCCGUACGACAGAACGAGUAUUGCAUUCUGGACUGGAAAAGAACCAAGGCCCUUGCUUCCAAAGAUGCUGCGUAUGGACGCAUGAUGCACUUUCCCAUGAACGACGUUCCUGAUUCCGUCCUGUGGCACUAUCGGGUUCAAGUGAACAUCUACGCCUGGAUCCUACGAAGAUACUACGACAUCAACGUGACAGAACUCAGGAUAGUGUGCUUGCAUCCGGACAAUGCGCCGCAGCCACUCAUCGUGAACGUGCCAAUGAUGCAGGACAAGAUCGAAAAGCUAAUGAGCUGGAGAAGGGAUGAUAGACAGCUCCAGAUACACCUCUCCGCAGAGAGUGGAGAUUUACGUGGCGGGAGUCAAGAAGGCGAGCUAUCAUUCUCGCAGAUGUUGGAUCAAGAGAUGGACACUUAUGAAGACGUACUUCCAGAAGUACCCAGUGCAGACGAACGAUCUUCGAAGCGACACAAAGCCCAGGAAUCUGUGGAGGGAGCUACUCCGGAUAAUGCAAUGAGUCAGUUCAUGCAAACGGAUUUCGAUAUGUCAUCCAUCCCUGGUCAGUCCUCCGAGCGCGAAUCUGUUGAAGGGAGCAUCCUCAAGGAGAUCGGCGGACUCGAAAGGAUGAUUACAGCAUAUCGGCCCAGUGCGGCAUGGUCGACCGCCUUUCGUCACGUGGUUCAAGGGGCUCUAGCUGUCCAUCAACUUCGGCUUCUGGAUAUCAGCCGGCGAGAGGAAGUCCUGUUCCUCGAGCUCAUCGAAGGGUCCGGGAGACAUGUCCGUGCCCACAAUGGCCAAUGUUUUUUCUAUUCGGAACAUGGCCACUGGAAUGCUUACAAGGGUGUGGUGCCCCAAGGCACUCUUGCGCGAUGUAAGAAGUUUCUGAUCCAGUUGGAAGGCGUCUACGCGUUAUUCGAGUCAUCUGCCCUACGGAACAGUGAAGGCAUCCUGCAGGCGUCUCAAGCUUUGUUGGAAAGACACUCUGGUUGCUGCGAUAGCCUUCUGGCUGCCUGUGAAAGGGCUGCUACUUGUCGAAUGCCAUCCAAAGCAAACACUCGGGAUGAAGGCGAUGGGGCCGAGGACCAUCGCAAGGCCUUGCCUUGGACGGUGGCAAUGGCCAACACAAUCGGCAAGCUCUAUGUGAAGUUGCAAACCUCCUUGCUCAAUGAUAGUCUCAUCAAGUACUACAUUGCCUGGUGUUCUCUCGACAUUCAGCCCUCUGGUGGCUUUUGCACCACCGAUGCCUGUUUCACUUUCACGGAUGCUGGGUUGCAGGCAGUCCCCAAAGCAGCAGCCAACGACGUCUAUGUCUACCUUCCGCACAAAAUGCUGGAUCCGGUUGCGGAUGACGUGCGGCAAAGAGUGCACUUGUUCUGGCAGACGACCUACUGGGACAACGCGAAUGCAUUCGAGGUCUUCAUGGCCUCGUUCACUCUUGCUUUGCGUGGUGAGAACGCGGACCGUGCCUUCUGGGGUAUAGGCGCAGGUGGCGUGGGCCAAAGUCUCCAGACAGCGCAUUUGGAAGCCAUCCUCGGAGAAUACCACACUUGUCUCGACAUGAACAUAUACUUUGUGGACGAGGAGAUGCGGAAGCAAGCUGCCAACAUCGUCGGGAAAAUUGUCGUGACCGGGCAAGAAAGCGUGCAGGGCUCCCGACGUCCGAUGAGAGAAGACAUCUACAAGAAGCACAUUUCCGCCGACAAGGUGCCAGAGUUCUCGGGAGUCACCGAAGAGACCUUGAACUCCAUGUUUCGGCGGACGGCAGUAUGCAAAUACAAAAGCGUCUUCGUGGAUGCGGCCCGCAUCGCCGGCAAGGAAAAACUAGCUGCAGCGCAUGGUAUUUUUCCGCGGGAUCCCACCUUAAAGGACUUCUUACGGGACGGGCCUGCUUGUUUGGUAACACUCCGUUGCUUGUGGAACUACGCACGAAGUCGCACCGCUUUCCAAUGUCGUGAUGUUCUGGAAAAGUAUGCUGUUCGUGGUGGUGACGGUGGUUUGACUCUGGCGACGGUGCGGCGCAGCUGUGGUCUGAGUCCGGAUGAAACGGCAACAGUCGAUCCGCUGCACGAAGUUCUGGAAUCUCUCACGUCAAAGAAGGAACCUUCAGGCGAGAUUGGCGGGAGUAAGCCAGACGUCUCUCAAGCUCGAGACAUGAUCGCCGCUCACCGAGACGAAGAGAAGCAGACUAUUCAACAGAUCCGUCAGUGGCUUUGUGAUGAGCGCAAAGACUGGUUCACAGUGCACCAGUUGAAGAGUGCCAAGUCCAAGUUCGCGUUCAAUUUCAACAAGCAAGAGGCGCAGAAGGUCAUUGAGAAGCUGACCGCGGAAGGCAAGCUGAUUUCAGCCCCGAGUACGUUGCCAAAGGUUGGCCAGACCACGAUCUUCCUUCCAACUUACCCGUGUGAAAAGGCACUUGGUGAUGUUGUCCCUCUGAAGCACGACGAAAACCUCAUCUUCACGGAAGAAUACAAUGUCGAGAAUGUCUGUUCUCGUCUGGCACCGACCUCUUCGAGAAGCCUGAACUUGAAGACAUUGGCUGAGCUCUACGGAAAAAGAAUACAAGGUCCUUCCAGAAAGAAGGGUGCUCCCAAAAGAAGCACGAAUGCGGACGUCGAUGAUGCCAAACUCCCACAAUCACUCGAGGAUAUGAUGAGCAAGGAACGCGCGCUGUACCGGGAGAUCCAGGAUGCAAAGCCAGACUUACCCGAUGCGAACGACCGGAAUGUGACUGUACAGCAGUCGUACUUCUACCCUAUGGAUCUUCGAUGUCGCCGUUUCGUAUCGAACGUUGGAGCUCAGAACUUAUGUCGUCUGACACGGUCCAUUUGCUGUCCGGAUACUACAGAUUACGACGUGAUGGCUUCUAUGUUCACUAUUGUGGUUCAGUUAUUUGACUUGGUCAAGCCCGCAGACUUUGACAUACCCUCGUGGCGUGCUAUCGCAAAGGACAGAGCGACUGUGUGCUCUACUAACCUGAAGUGCAAUGAUGCUCAGGGUAAGCAAAUUCUUAUGGAGGUGGCUAACGGAGCCUCGCCUGACAAGUUCGACAAGUUGAACAAGCAGGGCAUGGCUUUCCUGAAAGCUCUGUCGAGUGAAAGCCGACAGUUGCGCUGGUUAGCAUGUUCCCAGAUGCCAGCAGAAUACACUCAACUACGACGUCACUCCAAGAAUAACUGGCCGGAAGCUAGCAUAUUCGCGGCUUGGUGGACUCCGGCGGAAGAUCAUAUUCUACAGGUCAUGGUCGAAGAGGUCCAGAAACAUGGCUUCGACGGUCACAUGUCCUGUCAUUUUGAUGGUCUUCUGAUUAGCACUUCCAUGAUGAAGUCAGUCGAGAUGGCAGCAGGAAAGAGCAUGAUCACAGUCCUGCAGGAAGCAAUAGGGCGAAAGACUCCUUUCGAUGUGGUGAUCAAGGACAAGACGCUGCCUUCCUUUGACAUGUACCUGUCCAACAAGCUUAAAGAGAGUGAAGUUGGUGCAGGUUUGGGAGGUUACCAUGAACUCUUGACUGCCGUGUCGAACUCCAUUCCAGCUGCGAUGACCUUCCUCGGGGCGGACAUAAAGCAGGUCAUCGUGCGUCUGCGAAAGGAAUCACCGUCGAACGCAAAGGCCGACAGACAUUGUGUCCGACAGUAUUCGGACUGGCACGGCUGUGGGGAUCUGUACCUACUCCCGCAACAUGCAGGCAUACUAGACGUGACCAAGGAUUUCCUUUUACAUCUCGAGCUGCCAGAGUCAUCCUUUUGUAUGGGGGUCAAGGUUGUCCCGAACAACAACAUUCUCGCUAUGCGCGCAGGCAAGGUCUAUGAGGGCACUAUGGCAGAGCUAGUGGAUCUACUCGAGUCAUACCACGGCACGAAACAGACAUUCUGUUUUGCUAUUGCUUCGGAAGAUCCAGACCUCGACGACACAGAGGUCCGGUUUCUUGAUCUUCUGGCUGGCUCCUCCUCUGCAUCUUCAGUCAAAAAACGACCUGCCUCUAUCCCACAUCAACAGGAUCCACAGAAUGAAGGCGAGGUAGAUGUCGGCAUAGAGCUACGCAGGCUGCUCUGUGAUGAAGUGAAGACUGCAAUUCAGGCAGUACGGACACAAGCUGGAAAGUCGUUUCCGCCAACGGUCUGUCCGUGUUGCCCCUGGAGACGGUUCGAGCGGCGUCGAUGCUUGGUGGAGCACCUACAAAACCAACAUACAGAAUCCAAGCGCUUCUGUCCGGCUGGGACCAAGAUGUUGCGGGUCGUGGCGGCGCUCUAUGAUCAUGACCGCCUUCAUGAUCGAGCACCGCAACCAACCUUUCUGGCUAGGGCCAGUGAGCUCCUCCGGAAGACCGUCAAAGGCAACAUGCCGUCUACUCUCAGCUUCAUCGAUAAAUUCCUUCGCUGUGUUUUUCACUCAGACGGGCCGGAGUUUGUCACUAUUCGAUCUGUAACAAAGGCCACAGGUUUGCGUAGAGUGGGUAACCUGUUCUACGAUCACGACUUCGCUGAUGCAUUCCUCCAAGCAGCGGCCGCUCACAAUGCCUCUCUACACAAGAUACAGGCAUAUUUCCUGGAAAGAUGCACGAGGAAUGAUGGAAAGCUGGCAUCGGUUAUUCCUCGCGGCAACAAUGGCUUCUGGACGAAUGUCCUUGAAGACCUCAUGGGGUCGCCUCUGCUUGAAGCAUAUACGGCAAAGCUCAUGGACCGAUGUGCACAAGCUGAAGAAUUUAAGUACAUCAGCCUGGAUGCGACAUUUAAGAUCAACUUGAAGAUUAUAGGACAGGCAAACUUCCACUCUUCUGCAUCGACUCGUUCCCAGGCCAUUAUCCCAGAGGACGAGGCUGCGUACCGAACCAUGACAUGCCGUGGCCGCACCGGCGCAACGUUGGCGCUAUGUGGGAUCAGAUCUGAGAAGUCAAGCAUUUUGGCGGAUGCUUUGAGAAGCAGUUUUACAAACACGCAACGUGCACAGGUGUUGCAUGUUGCAUCUGAUGCUCCCUCUGCGGAAAUGUUUCAGACUUUGAAAGAAGUUCUACCAAAUCUGCAGAGUCUGUCGCUGGACGCCAUGCAUAUUGUUAUGGUCUACGAUCAAAAUAUGAACAACCGCCGGACCGCGGGGAGCAGAUGGCUUGCUGUCAUCAUGAACAAGUUUCGCAAGCGGCACUCUUCUCGCACGCAGGCAUCUUGGGGUGAGUUCUACAGCGGAGGCACUCUCGGAUCAGCGCCGCAGGAUGUCAGAUCCAUGAGAGAUUGUCUUUCAGAGCCGGAUAUGUCUGAAAAUGCAGCGAGAGAGCUACUGGAGAGACUGGAUCCUGACACUCCCUGGCUGACGGAAGUCGACUUCCUCCAAGCCUUGGUAGCACACUUUUCAUUCUUUCGAGAAGAACUUCGUAAAGUCACCUUUACAGGGGUUUCGCUGCAUCGGCUCAUCGUGAACGUCGCCAGCCCUGCCAAAUUCCAGUGGCUUCUCAACGACACCAGGUAUCGCCAUUCCAUUAAUCGACAAGAGCUGGUGCUCCUGCCAAGUGGUACAACGUCUAAUGAAAGUCUGCACCACGAGGUGAAUGUGUGGUUUCGGGAAACUGCGACUUGA